CAGAGAGAGAGAGAGAAAGGAAGAGCUGUCGGAAAGAAAGAAGAAGCUAAAGAAGAAAGAGAAGCAGAAGGAAGCGAAGACGAGGAAGAAAAAACCCCAACAACUGCGACUGAAGACAGGAAUCUGAAGACAGACUUUGUAGAGAAGCAGAGAUGCCAGGAUCCAAGGGGACAGCCAUCGGCAUCGACCUGGGCACCACCUACUCCUGUGUCGCCGUCUUCCAACAUGGCAAGGUGGAAAUCAUCGCCAACGACCAGGGCAACCGCACCACCCCCAGCUACGUGGCCUUCAACGACACCGAGAGGCUCAUCGGCGACGCUGCCAAGAACCAGGUGGCCAUGAACCCGGAGAACACCGUCUUCGACGCCAAGAGGCUCAUCGGGAGGAGGUUCGACGACCCCGUGGUCCAGGCCGACAUGAAGCACUGGCCCUUCCAGGUGGUGAGCGACGCUGGGAAGCCCAAGGUGAAGGUGGAGUACAAGGGGGAGUAUAAAACCUUCUACCCGGAGGAGAUCUCGUCCAUGGUGCUGACCAAGAUGAAGGAGGUGGCCGAGGCUUACCUGGGCACUAGUGUCAGCAAUGCUGUUGUCACCGUGCCCGCUUACUUCAAUGACUCCCAGCGGCAGGCAACCAAAGAUGCCGGUGUGAUCGCUGGUCUCAAUGUCCUGCGUGUCAUCAAUGAACCAACUGCAGGUGCCAUUGCCUAUGGCCUGGACACGAAGGGCGGUGGAGAGCGCAAUGUCCUCAUCUUUGACCUGGGUGGCGGCACCUUCGACGUAUCCAUCCUCGCCAUUGAGGACGGUAUCUUUGAAGUGAAGUCCACCACUGGCGACACCCACCUGGGUGGAGAGGACUUUGACAAUCGCAUGGUCAGCCACUUCAUUGAGGAGUUCAAGCGGAAAAACAAGAAGGACAUUAGCCCGAACAAGAGGGCGGUGAGGAGGCUGCGGACAGCCUGCGAGAGAGCUAAGAGAACCUUGUCUUCCAGCACCCAAGCCAGUAUUGAGAUCGACUCUCUGUUUGAGGGCAUUGACUUCUACACCUCCAUCACCAGGGCUCGGUUUGAGGAACUGAACGCUGACAUGCUCCGAGGCACGCUGGAGCCGGUGGAGAAAGCCUUGAGAGAUGCCAAGUUGGACAAGUCUCAGGUCCAUGAGAUUGUCCUGGUCGGCGGCUCCACCCGAAUCCCCAAGAUCCAGAAGCUGCUGCAAGAUUUCUUCAAUGGCAAGGAGCUGAACAAGAGCAUCAACCCUGACGAGGCGGUGGCCUACGGGGCGGCUGUCCAAGCCGCCAUUCUGAUGGGGGACAAGUCGGAGAACAUCCAGGAUCUGCUUCUCCUGGACGUUGCUGCUCUGUCCAUGGGUCUGGAGACGGCGGGCGGUGUCAUGACCACACUCAUCAAGAGGAACACCACCAUUCCCACCAAACAGACCCAGAUCUUCAGUACCUACUCUGACAACCAGCCUGCCGUCCUCGUUCAGGUGUACGAGGGCGAGAGGGCCAUGACCAAGGACAACAACCUCCUGGGCAAGUUUGACUUGAGCGGCAUCCCACCUGCCCCUCGUGGAGUGCCCCAGAUCGAGGUGACCUUCGACAUCGACGCCAAUGGCAUCCUCAACGUUUCUGCCGCUGACAAGAGCACUGGCAGGACAAACAAGAUCACCAUCACCAACGACAAGGGCCGGCUGAGCAAGGAGGAAAUUGACCGAAUAGUGCACGAUGCAGAGAAGUAUAAGAAUGAGGAUGAAAUGCAGAGAGAGAAGGUCACAGCCAAGAACUCCCUGGAGUCCUACGCCUACAACGUGAAGAGCACGAUGGCCGAUGAGAAUGUGGCAAGUAAGGUCAGCGAUGAGGACAAGAGGGCGGUGGUUGACCGGUGCAACCAGACGAUAUCGUGGCUGGAGAACAAUCAGACGGCGGAGGUCGAGGAGUUUCAGCACCAGCAGAAAGAGCUGGAGAAAGUCUGCCGUCCCGUCAUUGCCAAACUUUCCCAAGGAGCGGCCCCGGGAGAGUCAUGCCGAGAUCAGGCCCGGGACACCGCUUCCUCAGGGCCCACCAUUGAGGAGGUGGAUUGAAAGCCAACAAACAUCAUCAGAACAUAUUGAACUUAAACUAAUGGCACUGACCUCCUAGUUUCCUGAGGACAUUCCUGAACUCUUUUGUAAUUAUUGUAAAUUUGUGUUAAAAAAAAUUUGAGGGUGGGGGGGUGUAACCCAUCAGGGCUUUUGGUAUCUUCUUGGAUUACUGUUGUAUAUGUUGCCUUCUAUACAUUAUUUUUAAUUGUUCUACUUGGUGGUUUUACUUUGUAUAGCUUUGUUUAAAUAUCAUGUUUUCUAAGGUGGCUUUUUACCAAUAAACAGCCUCUUGAAGUUUAA